GCCGCUUGGCCGUCAUCAGGCUGGCAAUGGGCCUGGAAUUUUUUUGUCGGCCAUCAAAGUUUUGCUGACGACGGUGAUUUUCCGCACAAAGCACGCUGCAGCCAGCCUUACCGACGGCUGAUCAUGUCGAAACUCUGACAGGGAAAUCUUCGCAGCCCUGCGGUUCUUGUGACGUUAUUUUCAUCGUGCCAAAUGCCAGUUUCGUCGAGAUCUCGGUCCUCUCGCGCCGUUCCCUGUCCCCAGUGACUAUGACGGAGAUCGCGCCGCCCGUCCAAACACACGCGGACCUGGCUGCUGCCCAUAACGGCGAAAAUGGCGACAAUAACCACCACCGUCCCCCAUCUUCACACGACUCCGAACUCUCCGAGCCCGACGAGACGCAGUUUCUGUCCUAUGAGAAUUCCCCCAUUCGAGGUCGUGAUGGCCGUGAAGGUUUUGAAGUCUCCACAGACCAUCAAAGCCCAGCCGAGGGGCGUUCCCGCGUCAAUGGUAGCGGCAACCGCACGCACGAUUCCGAAGUCACGGAUGCAGAGCGGCCUGCUAAACGCCGCCGCGUCCGCGGCACGACGCCCGACAACUCGGCGCGCCGCCCGAAACCCGAGUCGCCACCGUGGAAGAAGGUGGAGGCCGAAGGCCCCUCAUCCUUUAUGGCAGGUGACGGCCGCCGCAAGUCGGGACGCAUUAAUACUGUUCCCUUGGAGCUACAACGUGGCGACAAGAGGAUAACAAGGAGAUCUUUGCAUGGCGCCCAGGCCAGCCCUCCAAAGAACCGGUAUGCAUCCACCAACGGCCACAGUCCCGCCACGAACCAGACCCCAUCUUCCGUCCCAUCAAAGCGUCCGCUAUCCUCAAGUAAACACGUCCCGACGAAAGCGCCUUCCACCAAGCUUCCCACACCUAAGCCAGCGACGCCAGAAAAGAAGUCCAAUGCACGAACCCGUCGACGAUCACUCUCCCCAAGACGCCCUGCCACCCCCACAAGGCCAUCGGCCGGUACGCGUCGCUCAAUGCGCCACGCUCGUGACAAUAACGAGAACAAUGGCGACAACACCUCUCCUGGUGCCUUACGCAGCACCCCCCGUUCAAAGUCUCGACCUAGGCCCCCACUGACAACCAUUCCCCUCGUCCAUCGCGACCAAGCGAACAUACGUCCCAAGCUCGGGCCUACAUUUGAACAAUACAUAGAACGGGCGCUAAGUAUCCCCGUCGAGGAGGGCGGUCUCUUGCUGCCUUCUGAAGAUGGCCCGCGCUAUACAGAUGACAUGGCUAGGCAGGAUGCUGUAGUUCUGCUACGAGUCGAAAAGGAGGUCGAGCCGGGCGGCAUUCUGGCCUCGAACAAGUGCUCUGUGUUUGAGCCGGAGGCUGCUGAAGAGCCGCCAAGGCAGUGGACGCACACCGACCAUCUCACAAAAGCCAUGACCAACUUCCGGAAGCUGCUGGUUAUCGAACAGCAGCGGCAUCGCGCCUCCGCGAAGCGCCUUGCCCUUGCCUGCGAGGCGGAGUGGAGGCGUCGAAAUCCCCAGCCCAAAACGGCAGAAGAGGUGGAACUGGAGCAGAUAGAGAGGUCCAGGACACGGUGGCGCCAAGUCACCAGAGCCGUUGCGGGCACGUGGGAUAAUGUCAAGGUUGAGAUCAAUCGCAGGAGGUUGGUUGAAUGGGAGGCCAAGGAGCAGCGUCGGGUGAAGGAUGCACUCAACCAGGCUGUCAACAUUUCUGAACAGAAACUUCAGCAGAGACAAGCGCGGCUCGGCACCGAAGACCCAACCGAAUAUUCAGAGGACAAUGACGAUAUGAUCUCGGGUAUGGAGGACGAGGAUGAGGGCGAUUUUGACGAUGAUGCCGAUGAAGAGUCUAGAUCCCGGUCAGGAGCUGAUGAGAGUAAUAUGUCCAGCUCAUCUGACGAUGAAGAUAAGGACUCCGUCUUGUCGGAUGAGGGCCUCAGCCAAGCCCAACUUCAAGCCAAGUACGCCAACUUGCCUGCAUUGGAAACGAACGGUGACGAAGGCGAAACGUUGCCUGCCAACCUGGAUUCUGUCAACAAGCUCGCCAACGGCAAAAUAGACGACGGUGACGACGACGACGGCGACGACGAUACAAGCGACGAGUCCAUAGACAUGGACGAUGACCUUGGUUCCACUGAUGAUGAAUCAGAGGAGGGAGGCGACGAGGGUGGUCCCAGUUCAGGUAGUGAAGGUGAAGAUUCAGAGGAUGAGCCAACCGGCCUGCUCGGGCUCUUCUUCAAAAAAUCGGAGCUGAAGAAGCUGCAAGAUGUCACCCCGAGCGAGACCGGCGAUGUAGAGGACAUUGACAUGGCUGACGCCGAUAUACCCACCGAGUCCCCUCGGGAACCGGGCGGUCAUUUGAACGAAGCCGACGUAUCCGGUGAUCGUUGCGCACCAAUGCCCGGAAGUGUGGGUGAGAGGUCAACAAAAGGCGACGACGAAGAGGGUGUGUACCAGACCCCUGCUCUAAUAAACAGGGAUAACCAAACGCGGACCGAACAUCCUUCUGAGGCGGACGACCUACACCAGAGCUCGCCUGGCCUGCUCUCUACGCCCUCUAGAGCAUGUCUACCUUCUGCAGCCCAGUCUUCAGCCCAGUGGAAUGCGGAGCAGAGUGCUCUGGGCGCUGCAGAGGACAUUUCGAUGACCGAUGCGCCCGCCCUAGUUGAGCCGUCUCGCGGAGAAGUUCCAGAUGUCGAGAUCACAGAGGCACCCCCUAACGGGCAAGAUCGAAGCCCGAAUACUGACGCUACGACUAAUCCGCAUAGCCCAUCGCGAAGCCAAUCGCCGCGGGCCUCGGAUGACACCAAACCCACCGAUACUGAAACAUCCGCGUCGGCCUCACUCCUGAAUGUACCCAAGACGGACAGCAGGUCAACUUCACCUCAACCGACAGUGCCGAAGACCGAGAUUCCCUCGCUUCUGCGCGGAACCCUGCGCGAAUAUCAACACCAUGGGCUAGAUUGGCUUGCAGCAUUGUAUGCCAACAAGACCAACGGCAUUCUCGCCGACGAGAUGGGCCUUGGUAAAACAAUACAAACCAUCGCCCUCCUGGCGCAUCUCGCCUGCCACCAUGAGGUCUGGGGCCCUCAUCUCGUGAUUGUGCCGACAAGCGUCAUGCUCAAUUGGGAAAUGGAGUUCAAGAAGUGGUGCCCCGGCUUCAAAAUCCUGACCUAUUAUGGCAACCAGGAGGAGCGAAAGAGAAAGCGACAGGGGUGGAACAACGACGAUAUCUGGAACGUGUGCAUCACCUCUUACCAGAUGGUACUUCAGGACCAGCAGGUGUUCAGACGGAGGCGCUGGCAUUACAUGAUCCUCGACGAAGCUCACAACAUCAAGAACUUCAAGUCCCAAAGGUGGCAGACACUGCUAGGGUUCAACACGCAGGCUCGAUUGCUUCUCACCGGCACACCUCUCCAAAACAACCUGACGGAGCUUUGGUCACUGUUGUACUUUUUGGCUCCCCCAGAGAACGGCGAAGGCGGGUUCGUCGACCUCAGGGAAUUCCACAACUGGUUUGCCAGGCCCGAGUCCCAGAUCCUCGAGAACGGGCGAGAGCAACUGGACGACGAAGCGCGCGCAAUCAUCGCCAAGCUCCACAAAGUCCUUCGACCCUACCUCCUUCGUCGGUUGAAGGCAGACGUCGAGAAGCAAAUGCCUGGCAAAUACGAGCAUGUCGAGUUCUGCCGCCUGUCCAAACGCCAGCGAGAACUGUACGAUGGGUUUCUCUCUCGCAACGACACCCGCGCGACACUAGAAUCCGGCAACUAUAUGUCCAUCAUCAACUGUCUGAUGCAGCUGAGGAAAGUGUGCAACCACCCUGACCUGUUUGUCGAUCGCCCUAUCAUGACGUCCUUCCGCAUGCAACGAUCGGUGCCUGUCGCAUUCGAGGUCAAGGAGCACAUCAUCAGAAAUAAGCUGCUGGCUGUGAAACCUAUGAGUCUUGUCAGCCUCGACUUCCUCAACAUGAUACCGACCAGAAACGAGGGUUUGUCGGACUUGCACACGGACCGCAUUGCUCAACUGAGCUCACAUCGCAUCCUACUCAACCUUAGGGAAGCACAGAAGAUACGAGCCAAGAAUGGGUCUACCGUCUUGGACCCUGCGACGGUCAAGUCAAAUUCUGUAUUUUUGGAAAGCGCGGCAAGGUGGGGCCGCUUCGAGGAGCUGCAACACUGCGUCUACGUCAACGCAUUGCGCCGCCAUAAGCAUCCAAUAUAUGGCAAGCGCCUCAUCGAUCUGUUGACGCUCGACACCCAAAGGCGGCCGUACAAGCAGCGACCCAAGGUGCCCCAGAAGAUCAUGAGUUGGUUCGAAGAGGACUUGUUUCUGCUGCAUAACGCCAUUCCGACCCUCCAACAACGUGCAGCGUCGAUGGAGAUGACAAUCACAAAGUUUGCAUGCGUCACUCCUGCCGUCGUGACUGGCGACCUAAAUAAGUUCUUACUGGGGGCAAAAGGGAUCGAGGCCUUCCAGGACGAGGAUCUGAGGUUGUCGGCGCCUGUAAAGUACGCGCCGUACAUGCCGAAGGAGGCGCCGGUUGACCCGUGGCACGAAGCUCGUAUGCGGCUAACCAUACAAUUUCCGGACAAGAGGCUCCUGCAAUACGACUGUGGCAAACUUCAGGCCCUUGACAGGCUUCUGCGCAAGCUUCAAGCUGGUGGCCACCGAGCCUUGAUCUUCACCCAGAUGACCAAGGUCCUCGACAUCCUUGAGCAGUUUCUCAACAUCCAUGGACACAAGUAUCUCCGUCUCGAUGGCUCGACAAAGGUGGAGCAGCGGCAAAUCCUAACUGACCGCUUCAAUCACGACCAGCGCAUCCUCUGUUUCAUUCUAUCCACGCGGUCGGGUGGCCUUGGCAUUAACCUCACGGGUGCUGACACGGUCAUCUUCUACGACCAGGAUUGGAAUCCCGCCAUGGACAAGCAAUGCCAAGACCGAUGCCACCGCAUCGGGCAGACGCGUGACGUGCACAUCUACCGGUUGGUUAGCGAGCACACAAUCGAGGCCAACAUUCUCCGCAAAGCCAGUCAGAAGCAGAUGCUCGACGACGUCGUCAUCCAAGAGGGCGAGUUUACAACCGACUACUUCAACAAGAUAUCGGUGCGCGACGUGGUCAACAGCACGGGCGAGGUAUCAGCCAAUGAGAACGACAUCGCGGCCAAUGCUGCGAUGGACAAGGUCCUCGGCGGCGUGCAGAGCAGCAACCCGCGACAAGUCGGGCGUGCUCUUGAACAAGCCGAGGAUACAGAGGACGUGGCCGCGGCACGUUUGGCGGAGAAGGAGAUACAGCAAGACGAUGCCGACUUCCUCGAGCAGCAACCGACGCCCGGUGGCAGCGCAUCGGGUGUAUCGAGUGUUCGUCAAGGGACACCAAGUACAGGCAUCAUUGCGGAGCCGGGCCGGUCUGGUCUCGGUCUCUUUGUUAUGUCCGCCCAGGAGGUGCCGCAGGACGACGUCGCUAUUACGGAUGGCCCGAUAGAGGUCGAGUACAGUGCCUUUGGCAAGCCCGUGUGCACCAUCGACGACCACAUGCUCAGUUUCAUGGCAGAGGCGCUGAAAGAUGUGCCGCUGGACCUGCCCAAGGACAAGAAGAAGAGCAAGAAAAGGGGCAAAGACAUCAGGAAGCGUUGAUUUGUAUUUCAUAGCGCCAAAAAGUUGUGGCUGUUAUUAGACAGAUGGCCGUAUUGGUUACAGUGGUAAUAUUGUAUUGUACUACUAUUUUGAGGGAGCAUCGAGCACGCCUUUCAUGCUUGUUGGAAGUUUAGGUGGAGAUACAUGGUUAUCAUGGUUUUGGGAUAUUAUUGCUGUCUGCGAGCGGCUUGUUCGAGCACAACAAACGUACGAUAAGAAUAGACGAGAAAACGUUUCUCAGGCUCUGCUAGCAUGCACGGCAAGUACCAACUACCAACCUAGAGUAGAAGAGUAUUAGUUCGUACCUUAGUUAUCACUCGCUGGCAUAUCAAUGUUUGGUGUGGAGCAAGCAAUGUUUUUAUCAUAUGCUGGCCGUUGCCUCCAUCAUCGGCAUGACGAUUCUAUGAACU